CUGGUCUCCCCUGUUUUCUACCCGGUGUUCAACCGAGAUCGAUUUCCCGUCGACGCUGAGGCAACGGCCGAAACGAUACUGCGCCCGCUGAGCGAGUUGUUCAUGGACGAUCGAGAUCAGCAGUCGUCGUACUCUUCUUCCUCGUCGGAAGCAGACGAAUUGGAAGGUGCGCCGGAAGGGAGCUACUGCGGCUGGACGCCAAAAAUUAUUUCCCCGUCGUCGGUUACCGGAGCGUCGCCUUCUCCCGGUAUAUGCGAGAAGAGCAAUUCCACCGGAUCUUCGGCCUCGACGACGAAGCGGCGGUGGAGGCUACGAGAUUUGCUGCGUAGAUCCAGCAGCGACGGGAAGCCAAACACUGCUGGCGCCAGCAGUAGCGGCAGUAAUAAUAGCAACACCAGCAAUAAUGAAAUUAAUUUGGGGAAAGGGGUGAGGAGAAAUCGGCAGCCGAUCGGACGGCGAAACCGUCGCCGGCAAGAGCUGCGAAAAUGGCGGCGUCAGCACACGAGGUGUUUUUAUACGAAGAGCAGAGCGUUGAAAGAUGGGGAUUGGCGGCGGUCGUAUCUGUCCUACCGUCAGGAGCUUCUCGUCGGAUUCUUUUCUAAUGUGAACGGUUUACGUUGA